AUGGGUCCUGGGAAGGGUAGGUGGUGUUCCCAGCACCCCGUUUUCUUCUGGCUGCCCCAGUGGGAGAGGGAUCAUCAUGGCAAGCAUUCCUGGCUGGCAGGAUCUGUGGGAGGGAAAAGAAGGGCUGAUCCUCCUCUAGCUGCUGUGCUUUGCUCUCAGUUAACCUCCCUCCAGCCCAGGCAGAACAGGUACAAGACGCAGAGAAGUUUGAGGUGGCUCCAGCUCCUGUGGUCCCAGUUCUGCUGACACCUGAGUUAGCUGGGAGCAGGUGCUGGUGGGACUGGGCAUGGUUGGGUCAUAGGGGAAGGCAGGCUGUAGCUCUGUGCCUGGCUCUGCUCUGCUGUGAACACAGCUGUGUUGCAGCCUGCCUCUCCCUGUGGCCUUCACCCCUGACAGUGCUGCUCUCCCCUUCUUCUAGGAGCUGGGGGGUUUGUUUCACCUACGGCACCUGGUUUGGUCUGGAGGUGUUUGCCAGCAUGCAGCACACAUACCAUGACGGGACUGUCUGCCAAGAAGUGGCCCAGGCCUGCCAGUUCCUGAUCUCCAAGCAGAUGGCAGAUGGCGGGUGGGGAGAGGAUUUCGAGUCCUGUGAGCUGCACACAUACGUGCAGAGUGCCGAGUCACAGAUCCACAACACCUGUUGGGCCCUGCUGGGGCUCAUGGCUGUCAGGUACCCUGACAUCAGUGUGCUGGAAAGGGGCAUUAAAGUGUUGAUGGAUAAGCAGCUUCCCAACGGGGACUGGCCUCAGGAGAACAUUGCUGGGGUGUUCAACAAGUCGUGUGCCAUCAGUUACACCGUGUACCGCAACAUCUUCCCCAUCUGGACGCUGGGGCGGUUCUGCCGGCUGCAUCCCAACAGCCCCCUGGCUGGGUAGCUGCCAGCCAGAGCCAGAGCCAGCCCCUCGGCUGGGGCAGGGCAGGAGGAGCAGGGAGCCCUGUCUACUUGAACCUGCAGCCCUGGACUUGUCUUGGAUCCCGGUGUCUGUGUGGGGCCGUGGCGGUGUGUGUUGCAUGGGAUAUCUCCAUGCUGACCUUAGCAUGUGGACUGCUGCCUCUGCCAGGGAAGGGUGCUGUGCUGGUGCUGCAGAGCCUCUGCUUGCUGUUGAACCUCUUCUAAACAUUCCCUUUCUAAGGUUUUUUCCAGGUAUGUUCCCCAUCCCCAGAUGGGGAGUGAAGUGCCUUUUCAGACCAUUUUGAAGAUCAGAUGAAGCUGCCGAGCUGUGUUGUAUUUCACAUUUGGACAGACUCUCAUCCUGGGUCGCAAGGCUGCCUUUAUUGUCACAGUCUGUCUGUCUAUACCAAGAGUGUGGGAUUUGGGGUCUCCCCUGUGCCCACCACUGGGGCUUGGGGGGCACCGCACAAUCCCUGCUGAGCUGACCUCUGUACUGUGGGUGCCAGUGAUGGCCUUUGAGUUACUCGCUCAACUCUGGAGCCCAUGCUGGGAGGGGAAGGACACCUGUCCUCCCCCAGGUGUGUAAGAAAAGGAGUGCUUUGCUUAAUUUUCUUAUUGUUCUGUCCCCCAGCUGGUGGCACCUACCUUCCGCAGGUGAAGUCACCACCAGCCCUUGGAGAAGGGGCAGCUGAAGCAGAAAGCUGUGAGGUGGUUGGCAUCAUGGCACAGCCUGAGCCCAGGGCUCCAGGCUUCCCCCAACUCAGACCGUGGUGCCCUGGGGCAUUCACAGGUCAUUGUCAGAGCUGGAAGUCAGAUGGGAUAAUAAAUUGCUAAGGGUGAUGCAAGAGGAA